AUGAAAGAUUUUAAUGUCGGGCUGACUCUUUAUUUAAUUGUUGCAUAUUAUACGUCUACUCUUACUUAUGCAUGUGGUGGGAGCUAUUUAGCCAUUCCAGAGAUUGAAAACAAGAUUGGAACAAAACAUUUAUUGAAUACAUUCCACGCUGAAUCUCUAUCAGUUUGUGCUGCCGAGUGUUCGAAUGAUUGUUCCUGUUUUGGGUAUCAUCGGGAUAUGAAACAGUGUCGAUCACAUGUUAUCUGUGACAAAGACCACAUCGUAAAUGUAGAAAUGGGGUGGAGGUAUUACCGCUUAUCACAAAACGGUAAGGACUGUUUGGCGCUGUAUCAGAGUGGACAGACCUGUUCCGGGGUAUACACAAUCUAUCCAGGUGGCAUUCAAACUAAUGUCCUCUGUAAUAUGGAGAUAUCAGGAGGAGGGUGGACGGUUGUUCAGAACCGCUUUGAUGGAUGUCUGGAUUUUGAUAGAGGCUGGUUGGAUUAUAAAAAUGGAUUUGGAUCGCCCAAUGGAGAGUAUUGGAUGGGUAAUGAGGUUAUUUACGAAUUGACGAAAGAUCUCACCAGCUCCUUGUAUAUCACUAUAACCCUGACAAAUGGAACCUGCUUAUUUCAACAGUAUGAGACGUUCUCAAUUGGAAAUGAACCGGGCAACUAUAGACUUUACAUUGCUGGACAAUCCUCUGGAACCCUGGGAGACAGCAUAAGAAAGGCAUUAGCUUCUAAAAGCAUGAUAAACGGGAUGAUGUUUUCCACAAAAGAUCGAGAUAAUGAUAGCCAUCAUAGAAUUAACUGUGCUGACGCACAUUUCGGAGGAUGGUGGUAUAAUAUUUGCCAUGACGCUUAUCUGAAUGGCCCUUAUGGGUCGUCGUUAUGGAAAGAGCCUUGGUAUCCUACGAUUGCAGAUGGAACAUUAAUUAAGGAAACGGCGAUGAUGGUAAAAAGAGGGUGAACGAAAACGAGAAUUUCAAAAUCA